AUGCCCCUCCAGGACUCAUCAUGUGCUCUGGUGAAGAGGAAAUACCUGGGACAACAGUCACACCUGGACGGAGACAUCCUUCCCGACCCCCCAAAAACAUGGCCUGAAUCCCCACUCAUAAAAGCACAUGAUUUUGCUUCGUCAAUGUCCCAGACUCAGGCAGAGAGAAUGAGAUCAGUUUUCAUCAACGUCUCCAAGAUCCCCCUGCUCCUCCUCUUCCUGUACAUGUUCGUCUGCUCGUUGGAUGUCCUGAGUUCUGCCUUCCAGUUAGCAGGAGGUAAGGUGGCUGGGGACAUCUUCAACGACAACGCCAUACUGGCCAACCCGGUGGCAGGGCUGGUGGUGGGCAUCCUGGUGACGGUUCUGGUCCAGAGCUCCUCUACCUCCACCUCCAUUGUCGUCAGCCUCGUCUCCUCGGGCCUACUCAAUGUGAGGUCUGCCAUCCCAAUCCUCAUGGGAUCCAAUAUUGGGACGUCCGUCACCAACACCAUCGUUGCUCUGAUGCAGGCUGGAGAGAGGGAUGAGUUUGAACGGGCAUUUGCUGGAGCGACGGUGCAUGACUGUUUUAACUGGCUGUCAGUGCUGGUGCUACUGCCCCUGGAGGCAACCACAGGCCUGCUGAGAAGACUGUCUCAGGCCGUAGUUGACACCUUCCACAUCAGCUCUGGAGAUAAGGCCCCAGAGAUGCUCAAGGUCAUGACUGAACCACUCACCAAACUCAUCAUUCAGUUGGACAAGUCUGUCAUCACUGGCAUCGCCAUGGGAGAUGAGGCCAUGAGUAACAGGAGUCUGGUGAGGGUAUGGUGUAAGAAUCACAUCCUAACGUCCUCUGUGAAUGUUUCUGUUGGUGAUUCCUUCAACUGUACGCCAAUACAACCCUGCUGGCAAAGCAAUGCAACAACCUGGACAACACAGAACAUGACUCUGCUUGUAAAUAUAGAAAAAUGCAGCCAUCUGUUUGUGGACUCGUGGUUGUCCGACCUGGCGGUAGGCCUCAUUCUGCUAGCCUGCUCUCUUCUGCUCCUGUGCACCUGUUUGUUGCUGCUGGUCAAGCUGCUCAAUUCCCUGCUCCAAGGCCAGGUGGCUAAGGCCAUCCAGAGGAUCAUCAACACAGACUUCCCCUACCCGUUUGGCUGGCUGGCAGGUUACCUGGCCAUCCUAGUGGGGGCUGGCAUGACCUUUGUGGUUCAGAGCAGCUCAGUGUUCACCUCUGCCAUCACUCCUCUCAUAGGUAUUGGUGUUAUCAGCAUUGAACGUGCCUACCCUUUGACCCUGGGGUCAAACAUUGGUACAACCACCACAGCUAUCCUGGCAGCAUUGGCAAGCCCAGGGGACAAGCUGGCGGCAGCUUUCCAGGUCGCCUUGUGUCAUUUCUUCUUCAACAUACUGGGCAUUCUGCUGUGGUACCCUGUGCCCACCACCCGCCUGCCCAUCCGUAUGGCCAGGACUUUGGGGCAGCGCACGGCCAAGUAUCGCUGGUUUGCUGUACUCUACCUACUUCUGUGCUUCCUGAUCCUGCCCUCGCUCGUCUUCGCCCUCUCCAUGGCAGGCUGGCAGAUGAUGGCUGGGGUGGGCGUGCCCUUCGCUGCGGCCCUCCUCUUGGUGUCUGUGGUGAACAUCCUGCAGGUACACAGGCCAGGCUGUCUGCCAGUGAGGCUGCAGAGCUGGGACUUCCUGCCUCUCUGGAUGCAUUCCCUUCAACCCCUGGAUACCCUAAUCACCAAGGUGACCCUGUGCUGCGCUAAAGGAGCCAGCGAGCCUGGUCUGAUACAGUGCUCCAUGGACCGUGAUGGUCCUCAGAAGAGGAGCCACAUGGCUUUGGACAACCUUGUUCUGUGUUACAUAGACGAAGCCCCCACAGUGGUAAUGUCCCAGGGGGCAGACGAAGCCCCCACAGUGGUAAUGUCCCAGGGGGCAGACGAAGCCCCCACAUUGGUAAUGUCCCAGGGGGCAGACGAAACCCCCACAGUGGUAAUGUCCCAGGGGGUGGACGAAGCCCCCACAGUGGUAAUGUCCCAGGGUGUAGACAGGGUCAGGAGCACACGUCUGUAG